AUAUACAUUUGGCUUCCGCAACAAGUGCUACUAGUGUUUGAGAAGUUGUUUUAUUCCCACUGGUAUAUUUCAUGAAAGAGAUGGAUAAUAUAUCAGCAGAGGUAUUAUUCCUCCACUUUCCUGUGAAUGAAUAAUAAUGUGGCUACUAAUUUUAAUAUCCUCUUUAAUAUUAUGUUUCAGGAGAGUGUGGAUAAUCUUAUCAAAUGUGUCAGUCAAGAUCUAGGGUUCAGUGAAGGGAAACCAGUGGCGGCAUUUACCAUAUACAAAUGCCUACUUCAUUGGAAUUCCUUCGAAGCAGAAAAAACUAAUGUAUUUGAUCGUCUUAUUCAGAUGAUUGGUUCUGCGAUAGAGGACGAGACAAACAAUAAUCACAUGGCUUAUUGGCUGUCCAAUGGUGCAACAUUGUUGUUUUUGCUUCAGCAUACGCUGAAAACUACUAGUUCAGCUCCAAGUAAACCGCCCCAACCAACAUCGUUUUUUGGUAGAAUGGCGCAGGUAUUUAAAUUCUUACAUCGUCUUUAUUAUUGAAUGUGCUCCUAAAACUAUUGAAUUAAAGUUUCUAUGGUGUUCCCUUUCAUUAUAUCUAAACCAAAACUGGGUGGCAUAAUAUUAUGCAAAGAAACCAUUAUAGUAGUUGGCUAUACCUUUUGCACUAGUACUUU